AGCUGACAUAUGAAGGAGCGGGUCAUGUGACGUGCGGCGCCUCCCGGUCACAACAAAAAUGGCGGCUGCGGCGAAGAAGAGGAGCCGCGGAGCUUCUUCUCCGGUUUACCUGCUUCUUGUCUUCAGCCUGUUCAGCGGAGGACACAGUUUCAGCAGACAGUUGGUGGUAGAGCUGAACCCCGGCUCUCCUUUCGCGCCUCCCGGUGGCGAACUGCUGCACGUGAGAGCCGUGGGAGACAACGACACGCUGCACUUCCUGUUCUGCAGCCAGGGGGCGCCGACGCUGCUGCUCGUCCACACAAACACUUCUUCAUCUACUGUCAAGGUGAACUGGAGUCAGUUUGUGUCUCGUAACCACAGCGGCAGCCUGAAGGUGGAGCCAGAGAGCAGCGUCCUGCACAGCACCGCCGUCGUCUUCAGCAGGCUGUUGGAGUACGAUGACGUUAACGACACGGCCGAGCCGACCUCUGACCUCCUCCCUCCGUACGAGCUGCAGGACUUCAGCUGGUCUCGCCUUCGCCUGUCGGGUCCGACCGCUUUGCUCUGCGGAGCCGCCGCCUCCUUCGCCAACGGAUCGCUGUGCCUGCAGCUGUCAGUGUUUGAGUCCGCGGGGCGUGGUCAGUCGUGGCCCCGCCUCCUCCACACAGCUAACUCCUCCCAGGUGGGGGUGUGGAUUGAUGGCGUGUUGCCGCGGGCGAAUCGUUCCAGGUUCCUAUUGGAGCUGCAGGCGGUGGGCAGGGCCUAUCCGCUCAGCAGAGUUGAGGUUCAUCGAUCGAUCGACGACGAGUUCACGCCGUCAAUAUUCAAGGUGUCUCAGUGGGUGUCGGCGGAGAACGGCAGCUCUGACGUUCUGGGUUUUGUUCAAUGGAAGCCGGUGGCGUACCGUCAGCCUGCUCCGACUCUGGAGGACGCCACGCCGUGCCGUCACUCUGACCCGCGGCCUCAGAGCGGCGAGGCGGCGGCGGCGGCGUCCGGUCUGAUUCGAGCGUUCUACGCAAAACCAGAAGCCUUCGGGCUGAACGUGAGCUUCGGCCUGGCAGGAGAACCGUUCUACGACAGCACCAAGUUCCUCAGCUGGACGCUGCUGGUGGGCUCCGGCUCUCCUCCCAUGGACUCCUUCUCGCCGCUGGUUCUCAGCAUGAUGGCGGUCGGGCUGGGGACGCCCCUGAUCCUCCUGCUGGUGGGCGGAGUCUACGUCUGCGUCCGCAAGAGGGCGGCGGCCUCCACGGCGACCUACGAACCAAUCAACUGACAGCUGGGUCGCAGCCAAUUUUUUUUUUAUAUAUAUUUAAAAUGUUUUUAAAAACUGCUGACAGACCGGUGACCUCACUGACUCCCUCCAGCCAAUCAGGAGUCUGUUUCUUCAGAUGGUCUCAGUCUGUCUGCUAAAUGCUGAAAUAAAGAUCUGAUCCCGGAACACGA